CCUUUUCUUUCCUAUAUGUUUGCUUUGUCAAUCAAGCAUUUGUCUUUGCCUUUUCUUUUCUUUUUCUAUUCGCCUUCUUUUUUAUUUUUUUAUUUUUUUAUUUAUGGUUAUUACCCAAACUGACUCAUAAUAUUCACGCCAGCUGGUUGAUAUAGUAGAAAAAUACGGUUGUCUAAAGUGGUUCUUAAAAUCAAAGGAAUCAUUCAUCUCCCAUUUGAGCAACAAUCUAAAAUUGACUAGUGAUUUUCCUUAAGUACUGCCUUAAACAACGAAGGAAACAGUUAGUUUAGCUUCACUUGAUCAUCUUGGAGAGCAUUAUUAUCAUUCUUAUAUAUAAACAUUUUUGUUAUCAAGAAUUAUAUAUCUAAUGGACAUACUCUUUUCUGUUGUAUCUGACUUUGUUAUUGUGGUAGGAAAGUUUGCAUUAAAAUGUUGCUAUCCUAAGAUUGAAAAUACGAUCCGUUUCUCAUCAAAUGUUGAAAAUCUAAGGGAGGAAAUGGAGAAGCUAACAAAGUUUAGAGAUGCUAUCAAAGAGAAGGUCGAAGGCGCUGAGAGAGAAGGCUAUAAACCAAAACCAAACGUUCUCAAAUGGCUCGAAGAUGUUCACGAGCUAGAGAAUGAAUGGGAAUCUAUGCAAGAAAGCAUCGCAGCGGCUAAAGUGCUUGCAUAUAAGUGUUGUCCAAAAUGCAACCUUCGCUUGGAAAUCUCCAUUCGAGCGCAAAACAUGCGCGAUCAACUUUGUAAGAUGAUAGAAAUUGGAGAAAGCUUUGAAUCCAAUUUGGUGGUAGAAAAUUACCAGAUGAAAAGAGUUGAGUUCAUCCCAGGACCAUCAGUAGAAGGACAGUCAGCAGCAACAAGAAAUCUCAACAAAAUCCUACAACUGUUACAAGAUGAUAAGGUAUUCAUCAUUGGUAUAUGGGGUAUGGGAGGAGUCGGCAAAACGACAUUGGUGAAGUAUCUGAACAAUGAGCUCCUAAAGACUGCAACGUCAAGCUCCAAACUGUCCUUUGGUGUUGUGGCAUGGGUUACAGUGCCCAAACCGCCAAUAGACAUAAGAAAGGUUCAAGCACAAAUUGUCAAUAGAUUGAAAAUAAACGUAAAUAACGAAGAAAGUGUAGAAAGCAUUGCCAGCAAAAUCUAUCAAAGACUUAAGCAAGAGAGCUUCCUUCUUAUACUGGAUGAUGUUUGGGAAGCUAUAAAUUUGGAUCAUAUAGGUGUUCCCCAACUUGAAGAUUCCACAAGAAGUAAGGUAAUUUUAACUUCUCGUUUUUUGGAUGUUUGUAGGCAAAUGAAAACAGACACCGAAAUGAAGGUUUACACAUUGGAUGAGGAUGAAUCUUGGCAACUAUUUGUCGAAGACGCAGGAGAUAGUGCCAAUCUGGAGCAUAUUCAACCAUUCGCAAAGGAAAUUGUAAGAGAGUGCAAUGGAUUACCUUUAGCAAUUAGUGUUAUUGGAGCAUCUAUGAGAGGGAAGAAGAGAGUUGAGCUCUGGGAAGAUGCUUUGGAAUCACUCAAAUUGUCCGAACCUCAUAACAAAGAUGUAAAAGAUAAGGUUUACAAGGUCAUCAAGUGGAGUUUUGAUUCUUUAGAAUCUCAGGAUAUUGAAUUAUCCUCAGAGCAAAGAAGCAAAAAUUUGCACAAAAAGAGAGGUGACAUUCAAAGUUGUUUCUUGUAUUGCUCCUUAUAUCCUGUGGCUAUUUCAACAGAUGAUCUCAUAAAUUGCUGGUGGGCAGAGGGGUUCCUUGGUGAACAUGACACAUACGAAGAAGCCUACAACAGGGGAAUCACAAUGAUUGAGAGUCUAAAAGAUGCCUGCUUGCUAGAAGCCCAUAUGAUGGAUUCUGUGAAGAUGCACGAUGUGGUUCGUGAUGUUGCUAUAUGGAUAGCUAAUUGCUUUAGGGAUGAACACAAUUCUCUUAUUCAAGCUGGAAUUGGGUUAAUUGAGAUAUCACAUAUUAAAAUGUCAGCUUCAGUCAAAAGAAUAUCUUUCGUAAGUAACAUAAUUGAACAUAUACCUGAUUACUUCACGGAAUGCCCAGAGACAACAACUUUACUUUUGCAAGAUAAUAAUCCCCUUGAGAUAAUUCCUCAUGAAUUCUUUUUGACAUUUCCAGCCUUAAGAGUUCUGAACCUGAGCCAAACUGGUAUUAGAGCACUACCUUCUUCCAUCAAUAGUUUAUAUCAACUACAUGCUCUAAUACUACAAAAUUGCAACGGGUUGAUAGAGUUACCACCUAUUGGUGAUCUUUACAAUUUACAAUUGCUCGAUUGUGAUAAUACAAUGUUAUGUUGUCUGCCACAAGGAAUGGACCAGUUAACAAAUCUAAGGCUAUUACAUCUGCCUGCAGCUAAUUUGGAGAGCAUCGGCCAAGGAGUUUUUCUCAAUUUAUCUAGCAUUGAAAUGUUAAAUAUGUUGGAGAGCGAUGAAAUGAUAUGGACCCAUAGUGAGAAGAGGGAGACUCUUCUUCUUGGACCAACUCCUUUUGAUGAGAUAUCAUCUCUACACAAUCUGACUUCUCUUUCUAUUAAAUUGGAUAGCUCAUCAAUUUUCAAUAGAGACCACACCUGGAUGACUAGAUUGAAAAGAUUUCGCAUUGAAGUUGGGGACUAUCCAAUGGAAGUAAAAUUCAACAAGUCAACAAGGAUGAUAGGCGUCUCCAAUUGUGAAAUUUUCAGUAAUGGAGAGCUCUCGGGCAUGUUGCACUUUGCUUCAGAUUUGUACUUGACGUCCUGUAUGGGUCUCAGAAAAUUGAUUGUGCGCAAUAGUUUUGAUGGAUUAAAAGAACUACACAUAGAACAUUGUUGUUGUGAUUUUGAACCAGAGGAAGAAGAAAGUGGACAGUUUGACCCUUUGCCUAAUCUGGAAUAUCUCAACCUCCAUACCUUAAUUCUUUUAAAGAGUGUUUCUGAUUUCGGUGUUCUUCUGGGUCUAAGAUUUUCUAAAUUACGCCAACUAAAUGUGGUCAAUUGUCUAUGUUUAAAAUGUCUUUUUAAAGUUGGUGAGGCUUUUACUGUACCCAAGCACUUGGAAGAUAUUGCAAUUAGCGAUUGUGGCGAGCUGGUAGAGUUGUUAGUGCAAUGCGGCUCAAGUCAGGCAACACUUGUCAACUCAGAAAUUACAAGAGUUCAGAAGUUACGGUUGAAUGACUUGCCAAAUUUAAAAACCUUGGGGGAGCCACAGAGUAUGUGGGGACACCUGGAGGAACUUAGCUUGAGAAGAUGCAAUCAAAUAAGGAAGUUGCCUCUCUCUAUUCAAACCUCCAAUAAUAUCAAAAUAAUAAGAGGAUCAUCAGAAUGGUGGAGCCAACUCGAGUGGGAUGAUGACAUGUUCAAGUCAAAUUUAGAGCAUUGUUUCCUACCAGGUGACGACUGGUUUUUUCAAAGUUGAAGUAGCUUCCACUGCGUUUCAGGGAUGACGAAUCCGACUUCUAGAUCUACACUCGUGCCAGAUGCCCACACUUGUAUCCGUGCAACAUAAAUUGCCUAAAGGAUUUGGACUUGAUGCUCAAAUUAUUUUGCAAGAAAGAUGAACACAUAGUCUACUGGUGUAGCUUUGAGAUAUGGCCCGAUUUCUAACAUUUUGUAGCUAAAAGAAGAGGUAGUCAUGAGAUGGAGAAUAUAUAAAUAUGAGAUGUAUGAAAAUGAUGAUACAAAUUGCUGUAAAUGAUUUUUAUCCAAUUUUUCCAUUUCUUUUCCUCCCCCUCCCCCUAAAAAAUCCUUUUGACUGAUACCAAUUCUUUUUGUUAGAGAUAUCUGAUAAUUCAACCAAGAUUUAUUAGUUUGCUCUAUAUAUAAACCAUGCCACUGAUCUUUGUGCUAUAUUAAACCAUGCCAUGUGAUCUCCUUGUUUGCACCAGUAACAUGGUUUAUUAAUACAGGUUACUGGCAUUCUACUUAAUUACAUUAUUAUGAUGAGUGUACUAAACAUAAAAAUAUAGAAAGGUUCUUUCUUUACCUCCCAGGAAUGAUCAUUCUCUAUGGUUUUAGAUCCUUGAAAAACUUAUGCUUUACAGGAAACGGAAUAAGCAUCUUCAAUGAAAUUCAGCUUUCUGUUGUUGAAGUGAUUUAUCAUUGAAUGUUUUAUCAAGUAUGUUGAGCUUGACUGUUGUUGCCUCAUUCAGGGGUGGACUAAAAAGUAGAGGAAGGAACUUCAUGCACCAGAGACACAGUUUCGAGCUAAAGCUAUUUCGUGGAGUUUGCUGUGAUGUAUUUUUCUGUCAGAUGUCCUAAGUUUUUCUGUCAAUAACUGCUAAAAUUGAAAGGGAAUGAAAACAGUAAAGAGACAAGAAUGUUUUGGGAGAAUUUUCUUUACCAUUGUAUUCACAAUAUCACCUCCUUAUAUACAAGUUACUAGCCACCUAA